AUGGAGAGCAACAGCAGCACCUGCGCCAUCUGCAAUGGCGACAUGCGCCGUGGCGGCGGUGGCGGCAGCGGCUUCACGGCCGACUGCUCCCACCAGUUCCACUACCGCUGCGUCUCCGGGAGCCUCGCCAGCAGCCGCCAAGCCUGCCCGCUGUGCAGCGCGCGGUGCCGCGACCUGCCGUCCUUCCGCUCCUCCAAGAGCUCCACGCCGUCACAGCCGCCGCUCGCGUCGCGCGCGCCGGCACAACCGUUCUUCCGGCCCAUGGAGCCACGCGUCUUCGACGACGACGACCCGGUGGUCCGGGCGCCUCGGCCUCUCGGCGACCGGCACCAUGGUACCGCGAGUGCGACGUCCAGCGGGUCUUUAGCGGUGGCGCUCAGCACGCACUGCGAGUACUCGUCCCUGGCACGGGACGCGUCACACGAGAACUUCGCCGUGCUCGUGCACGCCAGGGCUCCGGGAACUGGUGGCGCCGCCACCGGCGGGGCGCCGCCGCGCGCGAGGGCGCCGAUCGACCUGGUGACCGUGCUCGACGUGAGCGGCAGCAUGGUAGGGAGCAAGCUGGCGCUGCUGAAGCAGGCCAUGGGUUUCGUCGUCGACAGCCUCGGCCCCGCGGACCGCCUCUGCGUCGUGUCCUUCUCGUCCGGCGCCAGCCGCCUGAUGCGGCUCGCGCGCAUGUCGGAAUCGGACGGCGGGAAGGACCUGGCGAAGCGCGCCGUGCAGUCCCUCGCGGCGGGCGGCGGCACCAACAUCGGGGCCGCCCUUCUCAAGGCCGCCAAGGUGCUGGACGACCGCCUCCGCAGGAACGCCGUCGCGAGCGUGAUACUUCUGUCGGACGGGCAGGACACGUACACCGUGCCCAAGCGCGGCCGUGACGCCAACUACGACGCGCUCGUGCCGCCUUCCUUCAUGUACACCGGCGCCGGCGACCGGUCCGCGCCUGUCCACACGUUUGGGUUCGGCACCGACCACGACGCAGCGGCGAUGCACACCAUCGCCGAGGCCACGGGCGGCACGUUCUCGUUCAUCGAGAACGAGGCGGACAUCCAGGACGCAUUCGCGCAAUGCAUCGGGGGGCUCCUCUCCGUCGCCGUGCAGGAAUUGCGCGUUGACAUCGCGUGCCCGCAAUCGGGGGUGCGCGUCCGGUCGGUCAACUCUGGCCACUACAGGAGCCACAUCAACGUGGACGGCCGCUCCGCCUCCAUCGACGUCGGCGAGCUGUACGCCGACGAGGAGAGGCGCUUCUUGCUGCUCAUGGACGUGCCGAGGGCCCGAUCCACCACGGAUGUCACCCACGUGAUGCAAGUCAGCUGCGCUUACCGAGACAUGAUGACUGGACGGCCAACGAACGUGGACGGCGAGGACGCGGUGGUGCUGAGGCCCUCGCGGGCGUUGAGCCUGGAGCGCUCCGCGGAGGUCGAGCGGGAGCGCGUCCGGUUGGCGGCGACGGACGGCAUCGCUGCGGCUCGUGCGGCGGCAGAGCGGGGCGCUCACGAGGAGGCGGCCGAGAUACUCCAGAGCGGGCAGCGAGCCGUGGCGCGCUCGGCGGCCGCACGAGCGGGGGACUCGAUGUGCGUAGAGUUGUCCCGGGAUCUGCAGGAGAUGAGCGCCCGCGUGGCGGACCGGCGGCGGUACGAGCUGUCCGGGCGUGCGUACAUGCUGGCAGGGCUGAGCUCGCACGCGCAGCAGCGCGCGACGUCGCGGCAGAUGUCUGGCGCCAGCGAGACGACGCGCCGCAGGGCAGAGGCGGCCCUUGGCACGACGGUAAUAUCCACGACGGGCGCCACGGCGUCGUACUCGUACGUGACACCGGCGAUGAUGGACAUGCUGGACCGAUCGCGGAGAUCGCGGGAAAUGACGGCGCUGUCGCAGCAGAGGAGUAAGGAGCGGCGAAGGAGCGCACACUACUGA